AUGAUUAGAAAGGGCUGCUUUUUGUGGAUUCACCCUAAAACAUCGUUGCCUUUUUUAGUGCUCUCUUCUCGUUCGUCUUAUUCCAUCGACCCUGCGGUUGCAAAUCCCGCCACUAAAGAUUCCAAAACCGCAAAGGUAUUAUCCACAAAGAAAACACAAGAUCCAAAAGCCUCGUCUAAUGUCAAAAAAGAGCCGAUUUCGAAAAAGGAGCGUGAUCCUGCAAAUGGAGCGUUUAGCUUAUCAUCUCAAGUAAGCGUAGAGGAUAAAGCUGCUAUCUUUAAUGCCAGGACUGAUCAUUCGACUGCUGAACGAGGAUUUGAAGUCCGAUCUAGCCUUGAGGAGUUUAAUUCUGCUUUCGGUAUAGCAGCGCCGAUAGAAAAUCAUCCGCAAAAUCCACCACUCGUGCCUGAAGAGACCGAUGUGACAAAUGAAAAGAAUGACAGCGCAAAGCCCACCUUGUCAUCCAUAAUAUCAACCAACUUUGCGCACGAAAAUCACCAAUUUAAUAACGCCCCUCCAAUUCCAAAGAGUAUUUCCAAGUUUUUUCCGGUAACCAAGAAAGUUCCGAGGCCAAAGUCUGCACCAUCCUGCUCCAGGGAAGAUGCCUCGCCUAAAAUGGCAGGAUUUACCAGCAGCAAUACGGAAUACACCCAAGAGCCCGAUAAAGGCACAUCAAAGCCGACACCGAUUUCUACCUCGUAUAGCGGCAUUACUCCCAAUUCUGCCAAAAGCAAUGACGGCGGCUCCAAUUCAAACUUUUUUAAUAACCAAAGGCAUAGAGGCCUGAAUUCGUCCCACCUUCAGGGCGGAUUGGUUUCCAUCGUCCCAAAAGACGCGCCGCUUUCAAGCCAAGACCAUUUUUAUUCAUUGAUUUCAAAAAAUAUCUCCGAAGAUGUGUCUUUUUGCGAGCAAAAAGAAAUCAUAUUCGAUGAAAACAGCGCCUCCACACAUCAAGAGGUCAACUUGAAAAAAAUACAAGAAAGUGUUGCUCCAUCCCUGGACGUGGCCAGGUUUGGCAAUUUUUCUUCCUCUUCUUUCGAGAGAUCCGAGGCCAGCAUUGUCAAAAGCAUUUCGUUUGCCUUUCCAGCGAAUCAAGCUAGUGUGAUUUCGCUCCUCAAUUUAUAUGACCGGCAAUUAGAUUAUAAUGCCACGCGCGACCUCAAAAUUGAGAUUUUUCUGAAGACGCUUCGUUUGCUAUUUUACCUGUACAAGCCCACCGUAUUCUCGGCAUCGACGAUCUUUAAUAUUAGCAAGCUAAAAUGUAUUGCAGAAGAAUCGUCCAACUGGAGGGAUAUAUCGCUAGUUUUCCCUCUUGAGCGGAUGUUGCCAUCAUCGAAAUCGUUCCAAGAUUCCAGGAUAACUUUUCCAAUCGAGGUGCAUAUUGCCGUCAUGAGCAUCUUGGACAAAAUCAGGGCAAAGCUAUUUGCGUACGAAUAUUACUUGGAGUUUCUGAUGAAAGAUCCUGUUCCCUGCUCAAAUCCGAUCUUGUUGCGAAAUGUAAUAAAGGCGCUGUCUAGCCACCAGUUUGCUUCCAAGUCUGUGUUUGACCAUUUCCUUAGAAACGGCGGCAUUCCAACACCGGACAUCGUUGUGGAUCUACUGGCAACCCCGAAUUUGAUUGAUUCCGCAUGCUUGUAUGAAUCGUAUUUUGACCAGUAUAUUAAAAUCCCCUAUUUAGAGCAAAAAAUCCUUCCAGAAGAAGCCAAGAAAAUCGAUGACCGGCAACUCCUGCAAGCAACAAAGUCGAUGUUGGGGAUCUGCAAAUUGGAACAAAAGACUCCCGAAUGCCACACGUUGUUCGUAAGGAACAGAGAUCUGGGAGUGGUCUGUAAUUUGCUGCCUCCUGUGUUUCAGAAGAGGGAGACCGCUUACUAUGUGGUUGCCUGCACCGGGCCUUCGUUUCACAUUUAUGACGUCGAAAAAUUGGAUCUGCUGUUUAUCGGACCUCAUUAUGACACACUUUACCGCCCAUCUUCUGGCGAAAGUGCAUCCAUAUGUGCCAUUGCUGCCGUUGGGGAUUUAACAAUUGUCGCCAUUCUUCCCUUUGGGGUCCUCUCCUUUUGCGAGAGAGCAAAAGAAACCUUCUCCAUGAAGAUUGACGGCUUUUCGCCGUCCAAUCCGAUCGUGCAGCUUGAUAAUAUUGGCGACCGUUGUAUUGAGUUUCUGCAUCCGAGCACUUAUUUGAACAAGCUGCUGGUGGCUACCAACGAUCACCAUGUUAGCUUGUGGAACUUUCGUUCUGGAAAACAUGUGCACACCCUGAAGUCGCUGGCAAUCCUACCCCGCUCGCCGAUCAUGCGUAUGACGCAAACCCCAGCGUUGGAUGUCAUUGCAAUCUCGUUUUUAAACGGAACUUUUGGCUUUUUCGACAUCAAAAAGGAUCAGCUCUUAUUCCGCUUGCAGCAGCCUGGUGGUGGUGCCUCUUGUUUUUGCUUUAGAACAGGCCAUUCAUCGCCUCCAUCUUUGAUAGGCUUUUAUGGGGACGAUGGCCACUUUAUCCUUUCUUCCGGGGUUGACUGCUCUUUCCGCGUUUCGUCUCUUUACAAAGACUCGCAAGCCUUUGAAUUAUCACAAGCCAAAGAACAUCGGGCUGUUGGCCCGUUUUCUUCGUUUGUUUCAACCCUGUCGCCGUAUAGUUCAAAAGGCGGUUCGGCGUGGGACAACAUUCUUUCGUGCCAUCAUGGCUCGAGCUUUUCGCAAAGUUGGUCAUUCGAUAAGAAAAGCAUCGGAUCGCAUCGAUUUGCAUCUUCGGAUGGUUCUGCUGUGGUUUGUUGCGCGCUCAGCCAUUGCGGCCACUUUGGCUUUGUUGGAACCGAUUCGGGGCAUGUAGAAAUCUACAAUAUGCAGUCUGGUCUGCACAGGGGCACCAUCAAUCAUGGCCCCGCGCCAGUAAGUGCGGUGUGCUCCUCCUCUGAUGGAGCAAAGUUCCUUUCGCUUUCUUUGGAGCAUUUGCAACUGGUUGUCAAGUUUUGGACAUUCAAAAACAGAAGACAACAGCAUACUGAAAAUCUGCCGCUGGCAUUUGAACGGCAGCCAGGUUUAAAGGCGUAUUUUGCACAGCAUUUUGAUAGCGAUAUGGUUGCCAUUGCAGCUGGAUGCCAAAUUUUUGUAUUCGAUUUUUGUCUACAAAAAGCCGUCCGUGUUUUCAACGCGCCCCCCAAACACACCAUCAAUUCGAUAUCGUUUUCCGGAGACGGGAAGUGGGUUGUCACUGCCGGAAAUGACUUUUGCGUCAAUAUUUGGGACAUUCCCUCUGGCUCGCAGUACCAUUCUCUUAAUAUUUACCCGGUAUUGCCGACCGGCGCCGCUUUGUCGCCCAAUGGCGAAACCUUGGCCAUCAUCGAUGCAACAUCGGUCUCCAUCAAGCUUUGGUAG